AUGACCAAUCCUGAAUCAAAAAAAGAAUUGUUACAUUUCAUCAAAGAAAAUAUAUCUACUAUUCAUUUUAAAACUCUUCGAGAGAAUGAAAUUGAAAAAAGUGAUGAUAUAAAAUUAGCAUAUAUGAAACAUACUUUAGAUGAUGAUCCCGCAUUAUUUUUAUCAAAGUGGGGAAAAUAUUUACCACCAGAUCAUUUAUCAAAAUUCGAAAGGUUAAGAAUACCACCACCAGUAUCUCGAAAUUUAACUCCCAAUGCUCGUCAUAAUAAACAAAUUUUGAACCGAAGAUAUAGAUAUCUCGUUACCAAACUUGAUUCUACCUCAUAUUUUAAUGAUGAAGCUAUUGAAUCCCGUGAACCUUUAUUAUAUGAAAAUUACGUGGGUCAAUAUUUACCUGAAGAAAAAAGGCAUCCACCAUUUCCUGAUGACCCAGAUUUUGAUUAUGAUACAGUGGAUUUUAAUGAAGAAUUUGAUGAUGUUGAAACUGAAGAACAAGAUAUUCAAGAUAAAUAUUUUGAUAAUGAACCAGAUGAUAUGGAAGAAAAGAAUACUGAAACUGGUAUAUUGGAUUAUUGA